AUGGAGUCGCUAGUGGAUCGGCUACCCUUGGGGGUUCGGUUGUUUACUGCGGCAUCUGCCUUUAUCGUGAUGGUUGGAAGCAUUGCAUCUGUUGCAGCUCCAGCCGACUACACGAGUUGCAUAGUAUGCCUGUACCUCAUUUGCCUUUCGGCUGUCUGUCUGCUGUGCGAAUUCUCGCCGUACGGGCUCAAUCUGCUCAUGGGCGUCUGCCCGCUUUUGGGGGAGUAUUUCUUCAGAGGCGUCCUCUACAUCUUGGUGGGGUUGCUGCCCCUGGGCAUCGAUACGAUAGGACUGUGGGGGGGCAUUUUGAUGAUAAUUUCGGGGGUCCUCAACGUCCUCAUCCAUGCACUGCUGCCAGUCCACCCGUACAACUUCUACAGCCGACGCACUUCUGACCCGGAGGAUGAGGAGGAGGGGGCUUUUAACGACGAGCCGGAGGCCGAGGAAGCUGGGGCUUUACGGUAG